UUCAAUUUCAGCCGUUCGAUCUCAAUCGGACGAACGGAUAGGAUAACACCAGAAGGAACAUACGGGGCCUCAUUUGCCUACGUGUAUAAAUAGAAAUUCCAGUCAUUGAAGACUUCUCGCGAAUUUAUAUGGCUCUUCCACGUAGAUUUCUCUCCGGCAACAAACCCGCACCGACUCCGCCGCCGCCGACGUGGAAGAUUGAGACGGCAGAUCCGCCGUCGGCACUAGCUACCGAGUCCGAUUUCGUAGUCAUCCUAGCUGCGCUACUGUGCGCAGUUAUUUGUGCGGUGGGGCUCAUCGUCGUAGCCCGGUGCGCGUGGCUCCGGCGGGGCCGGGAUCGCGGCGGCGCAACCGCCCAGGCGCCGCCGAAGAAGGGCCUGAAGAAGAAAGUGCUCCGGUCGCUUCCGAAGUUCACCUACGGCCCCGAAUUCGCGGCCCAGAAUUUCUCCGGCAAGGAAUUCGCGGCGGAGUGCGCCAUAUGCCUGUCGGAGUACGAGGACGGCGACGAGAUCCGGGUGCUCCCGCUGUGCCGGCACGGCUUCCACGCCGAAUGCAUCGACACCUGGCUCGGAUCCCACUCCUCCUGCCCCUCGUGCCGCCAGAUCCUCGCCGUCUCCCGGUGCCGGAAGUGCGGCUGUAAGGAGCUCCCGUCAAUUUCGCCCACCGGAGCCGGUGCUGAAACCCUAACCGGCGGUAAUAUUCUGCUCUGAAGUAGAAAUCGGAGCUCGAUUGCAGCGGUAGAAAUGGAGUGGGGCCCAAUGCAGGUGUUGUCGGGCGUGUCCGCCGGGCGUUCCGGGUCGGGUUGAAGUAAACCCAAAAGGGAAAGAAAUACUGUACAAAUUAUUGACAAAUUUUGCUUGUUUUACAUUGAAAAUAUGGAGAACUCCCUAUUCCCCUAUUUGUUAACAGUUAAUUGAAGCCGGAUGAUGUGGGAGUGAUGUAAAAAAGCAGUCUAUUAAGU